UGGACAGUUUUACGUUAAUAAAUAAUAAGUAAAAAAGUUUCUACAGGAAAUAUAAAGUAAUACAGAUAACAGUUGGAAAGCGGCUUACCCAUCUUGAAUAAAUAAUGUGUCCACUGUAUACAUCUAUUAAUAAUAUUUAUCGAUUAUGAGUUUAUAAUCACAAUUUAUUCUAAAUGCGAUUUAGAAUACAAGAUCAUUUUCAAAAUAAUUAAUAAAUCAACAAGUGUGUUUUGGACCAGUAACAGAUUUUCAAUUUUACUCUGAGGUUACCUUAUUAAAAUCUUACAUUACCGAAUUAUGAUGUUAAAACAAUAUAUUAUAUUUUUACUACAACAAUAAUCGUUGAAUUUGACUUGAAUUUGAGUUGGCGCUCACUGCUUGGAUGAUAAUAUAUUAACCAUGAAAAUGGUAUUAAACUUCGUGACCGCGAUAAUAAGGGGUUGGGUGAUAAUAAUACUGUGAUAAGGGGAGCUGCUCCGAGAACCUGCAACGUGUUUGUUCUCUAAACUACGAUUUUAGGUUAGGUUAGGUUCGUCAUCCGUCAUCAGAAUCUAGUGCUGACUGUAUUGAGUAUACUCCACAGUGCCACACACGAUAUAGUUAGUAUACAGUUGGAAACAAAUUACUAAAAUUCAAAAAUGACUUAUUCCUUAUUAUCUGCCUAGUGUCUGCAGCGUAACAUAUAAAACACCUGUUUGUUAUGUUUUUUGUUUUAGUACACAGAUAUCAGUUUUUCGAGAUCCGAUAUACAUUCAUUUGGAUCCUAGUUUAAAGAAAUAAAUUAAACGUUUAAUUAUACAAAACAUAUUUUCAGUGCAUAAAUAUGAGCCAAAAGGAUCAAAUUUUUCCAUCAAAUCAUAAAACCACAUUUGUGGUGGAUCACACUUCAUACUUCAGUUUGAAGAGUAACUCGCAUAUCAAAAUUAUCCCCAAGACACGGUCAUCUGAAAAUGGAACACCAGUAAUCAUAUUCAAAUCAAUGUGGACGUGUACCAUUGAAGCUGUAGUGGAUUACUGACGUAUCGUCUGGGAUCUAUUUCCAGAAGGAAAACUUAUACGCAUUAUUGGCAGCGACAGGCAACCUCGAAAUUUGAAUAAUUGGUCAUCUAGUCAACAAAACGUUAACUAUAUACAGCAUCGUUUGUCAUUAUUAGGGUCACCCUCAAUACAUGUACCAAACUCAAAUCAAAACUCCAAUGUUGUGUACGGAUUUCGUCCUGCAGCCCAAGCAAUGAUUGAAUGUACUGCAGCACAAAUGGAUCAAGAGGCUAAGAAAAAUAAUAUUGAAGUUCAAAACAAUUGCAGAACUAUUAUCAUCACAUCAAUCAGGGACAACCCGUCAAUAUAUAAUGUCGUGUCCGCAUUUCAUAAUGAAAUGAUCAAAAUCAAUAAAUCUGUAUCUCCGCCUAUUUCAAUGUCUAUUCAUCAUUGUCACUUGGUAAUAAUUAACACAUAUCCAGAUUCUAUAAUAUGUGAAGUCACUGAUCAGCCACUUCAUCCCAUAUCACCAAUACUAGAUUUGGAAGUGCAUUCAAUUCCUGCAUCAAAAAUUGGUGUUAAGAUAUCAAAUCUUUUAUUAAAACACUACAAUCUAUCUAGCACAACAGUUACUGGUAUUCCCAUGAAGGCAGAGCAAAAUGGCAAUUCAUCAGCAAUUUAUGAUGUAGAAAUAUAUCAUGCAGCUACUGCAUAUUCAUCUAUUUUAAAUGCAAAUGUAGCUGAUGACAAAGCACUGGUUUCAAAAAAAGAAGGAGCUGACUACGAGACAAUUAAACUAAAAUGGUGUACACCUAGGUUGAACAACAACUUGCCAGAUAUUCACAAAUGUACGACACUACAUAGAAUCACUCCAGUUGAUAUAAACAGCAGACAGACAAAAAGUUUGACAACAUUUUUACUAAAAGGUCGAUCAGUUUUACUCGAGAUGAUUAAACGAGGUGGUAGUAAAAGCAUUUCACAUAUUUUAAAAUCUCACAAUGGUGAAUUAUUUAUACAUACAGUGUCAUCUGGUAGGUCAGUAUUUGAAGGCCAUCCAACCAUUCAGGAUGGAACUGGAGGAAAAGUAACUCAGUACAGAAAAAGAGAUUUUUGUAAUUUGAUGAAGUUAAAUUUACUGCAACCAGCAAGUAGAAAACAAACAGAAAAUAAAAACAAUAUUGAUGAUGCAAAAGAAAAGUUGAAAAAACAAACUGCAUAUUGGCCACUAACAGCAACGGCAACUAUAAUAAAUAAUUUGAAACCAUACACGGAACCACUGUUGUCAUUAAUGGUUAAAGAUAAUAUGAGUGGUCAAGAAGUAGUAAAUUGCCAAAAAUGUAUUCAUGAUUUAAAGGCUGUUGAAUUAAAGAAUGAACACCUCAUUACACCCAGUACAUCAAAUCCACAUAAAAAGAUGAAAAAUAAAAUCCAAUUCAAGUCCAUGUGGGCAGAGUUGGAAACAUUUUUAAAAUCAAACUUAUACACAGAGAAUCACUGUAAAGUGUUGCAAUAUUUAUUUGAAUGCCUCAACAAAGUUGAUGAAGAAAAUAUCAUUGAGAAAGCUUUAAUGAGUUUCAAGAAAUCUUUGGCAGACAGGCCAAGUGUAAACCAAGCUAUUACUGAUUCACCUAUGUCUCCGCCAUUAACUGAACAGACAGGAAUACAAAAUUAUAUACCACAUAAAUCUGUUGAUGUGGGUCCAAAGAGUGUUAUGUAUUUGCAAUUACUUCAGGAUCAGAAGCAUGGUACAGUAAACGAUUCUUCUCGACCUCAGUUUGCUGGUAGAUUAAAAUCUACUCGAAAUAAAAAUGGCAAUUUGUUUUUUAAACUCUAUCAACAUAUUGAUGACAAUAUAGAUACUAAGAGUGUCGAAUAAAAUUGAAAAUAUUUAAUACUUGUUUGAUUUUGGUCUCUUAUAAUAUUGUUUUGUAUUUUAUCCGUAUUGCGAUGCAUAUUGUCUGACUCAAAUAGAAUAAUGGUUUUAUACUCAUCAAAAAUCAUUAUAAAAUAUUUUGUACUUUAAUAAAUAUAUUUUUUUAUAGCUGGUAUAUUAUCAUGUUAUCACUAUUACUGUAUCCCAAAAUUGUAGUCAAAUUGAAUUGAUUCAAAAUAUUAUCACAGAAUGAAGUCC